UUGAUGGACACAGUAGACGCCACAGAGAAGGAUACAGGCAAGGCAGAAAGACCAGUAUGAGGACGCAAUUCUGCUCUUCAAAGGGAUGAAGAACACAAAAUAACUGUCAUACUAUACAUUUUUCAGAUAAAGAACCUGUCUUUGAGUCUGUGCGUUCUCACGUGGAUUCGAACUCCAGCACGCUAGAACUGUGAGCGUCUGUCCUUAUUAUAACCCCACACGAGUUAGUUCACUUUGGCACAUCCAGUGCAUUUGCCACGCAGCCGCUCGCCAGGGAAGCACAUAAUCUGAAAGGGACAUAUGCGUUCUUCCCGGGGCACAAUGUCUGGAAAGAACUGGACGGAUUUCUUGGAACCAUGUGUUCCUUUCCGAUCUCCCGCUAUGGUUUCACGCUCCAUCUUCGCGCGCCAUUAAAUGGUAACGCGGCGUACUGACAAAUAUUUAAUUGGGAGAAUAUAAACUGGACCAAGACGAGAGGAGAGAGUAAGAAGACUUUUAUGUGGGAAGUACGCCUCCCCAAAACCAUGUGGAGAAUUGCGACCCUUGAUACACCAAGCUCUCAACAAGGAAAGAGGAUAAUUUAAAACAGUAAGAUAUUUAGGCCUACAUUUGGAAAUCUCUGCCGAUGAGGAACAGCAAGAAAAGGGCAUUUGGUAGAGAAGAAUGGCCCCACCUGAUCUCCUUGACCCAAAGUCUGCCGCUCACAACUCCAAGCCCCGCCUCUCCUUCUCGGCUGCCAAGCCGGUGGUCCUGAACUCCCCCGAGGACGAGUACGACACCACGCGCUUCACCGUCAUGAGGUGGAAGACGGUAUCAGUCAUCUUCUUCCUGGUGGUGCUCUACCUCAUUGUGGGAGCCCUGGUGUUCCGGGCACUGGAGCAGCCUCACGAGAGCCAACAGAAGCUGGCCAUCCUGGCCGAGAAACUGGACUUCCUGUCGCUGCACGCCUGUGUCAACUCCUCCGAACUGGAGGACCUCGUCAAGCAAGUGAUCUCUGCCAUCAGAGCAGGCGUCAACCCGUCAGCGAACUCAUCCAAUCAGACAAGUCUGUGGGACCUAAGCUCCUCCUUUUUCUUCGCUGGUACUGUCAUCACCACUAUUGGCUUUGGGAACAUCGCUCCCCACACGGAGGGGGGACGUAUCUUCUGUAUCAUCUAUGCCCUCCUGGGAAUACCCCUCUUUGGCUUCCUGUUGGCUGGUGUUGGAGACCAGCUUGGGACCAUCUUUGGGAAAGGCAUCAACAGAGUGGAGAAGAUAGUUGGGUCUCUCCCUCAAAAGUGGAAAGUGAGCCAGACCAAGAUCAGGGUGAUCUCCACCGUGAUCUUCAUCCUGUUUGGCUGUGUCCUCUUUGUGGCGUUGCCGGCGGUCAUCUUUAAACACAUAGAGGGCUGGAGCACGCUGGAGUCCAUCUACUUUGUGGUCAUCACCCUCACCACCAUCGGCUUCGGCGACUUUGUGGCCGGUGAAAAAGGUCUUGAAAAAGGUGGUUCUGAGAUAGAGUAUCUGGACUACUACAAGCCUGUGGUGUGGUUCUGGAUCCUGAUUGGUCUAGCCUACUUUGCUGCUGUGCUCAGUAUGAUAGGAGACUGGUUCAGAGUCAUCUCCAAGAAAACCAAGGAGGAGGUAGGGGAGUUCCGGAUCCACGCAGCAGAGUGGACGGCAAACGUGUCGGCUGAGUUCAAGGAGACACGGCGGCGCCUGAGCGUAGACAUCUCCAACAAGUUUGAGCGUGCCGCCUCCAUUAAGCGUCGACUGUCCUCAGAGCUGGGCCUCAACCCCAUCACCCAGGAGAUGACCCCGGGCAGGAGGACGCUGUCCGUGAACCUGGGGCCAGGGGAUGAGAGGGAGGCCUACCCCAACCUGGCUCUCUCCCUCACUCCUGUCCCUGGAGCCCUGGCCCGCAAUGGCAGUGGACUCUACCUGAACGGACUCAGUCCGGACUACGCUGAGGUAGCCAUCAUAGAGAGCCUCUAGUGAUGAGACACCGGGGUUGUGGAAGGGACAUGGAGGUGAGACACAUUUAUGGUCAUCAGUGGAGAUCAUUAAGUGAGACUAACACACACACACACACGCUUGUGUGUUCAUGCUCACACUUGUGCUCAUUGGUUAAGAGGCUGGUUGGAGAGACAGAUAGACACUUCAAGCUGAGAUCUCAUGCAUACUGUAGGUGAGUUUUCAGACAUACACACAUGCACACACACAUGUUCGUCAAAGGUGAUGAGAUGCAUACACACACUAGGCUGUGCAGUAAUCGAUUGAGUGCUGUGAGGGAGAGAGACACUGGUCGAUCAUCACUUACAGUAGAUCGAUCAUCACACACAAAUACACACACACACACACACACUAAUUAAUGGAGCUUGUGGAGAGACACACGCAUUAAUGCUCCCACUCCACCUGAAAACACAGAGAGGCUCUGAAGUCUGCAUCAGAUGAAGAGGUUCUUCACUGUCCGACACUGUAUCAUCCAAGAUGAAACUUUCUCUAAGGCCUUUUACCCAACAAGUGUUAGGUUCUCACCAGGAGGCAUCAAUAAUCACCAAACUUACGGAGCAUGCACUUGAUGUAUUUCCAAGAUUGUGUCUUUUUUCGUUUCAGUUGACACUUUUGUAUGGUUCAUGUAUUCAGACUACUAGGGCAGCAUUUAUUUGAUGCCUUGCUUUCAGUAAUGACACCGCUUACAGUUUUAAAGCAGAAUGUUUGGAUCAUUUUUUUUACCUUCAAGAAGGACAUGCAGCUUUUUACCUAAGGAAUAUUCCUAGUGCCUUAAAUAAUGGAAGAACACUUUGAACAGUGUUUUGGAUUGCCGGUGCAUGUUGGACUGAGUCUUAUCUAUCUGGGUCGUUAUCAAGUCUUAAAUCGUACUUAAGCAAUCCUUGAGAAUAUUUGUACAUUAUUUAUGCGUCUUUUAGAGAACACAGCAACACAUCAAGUAACAAGGAGAAGGUGCAUGGAAGGAUAUGAACUUUGACCAUUUGAAGUGGAGAUUUAACAGUUCAACCCGGGUUCUCUCCUCUGACAGGCUAUUCACCAUGUUGAAUAGAAAUAUAUUUGGGACAUACAUAUAUUGUAUUUUCUUAUACAAAUCAGGCCCAUUUUAUGAUUUUACUCACUUUUUAUUUUGAUUGGGUGUGUGGGUAAUGGGUGUGGUUAUUGGCAUGGUUAUGGGCUUGGUUAUGCAAUGUGUUAUAAGGCUGAGGGGAGACGCAAUGAAAAAAUGACUUGGAUUGUUACUUGAAUGAAGGGGGAUGCAAUGAAGAAAUUACCUGGAUUGUUACUUUAAUGUGUCUUACUGUAUUAUUUAUUCUGUGCUUUCUUAUUUCCAAUCACAUUUUUAAUGUCAUAUCUUGCCAAAACAUCACACAUGUACAUCAUACAAUACAGAGCAAAGUGUCUUACAAAUGCCCAUUUCAUCAAGAAACAGGUUUACAUUUAACUUUCAGUUUUGAACAGAGUAAUGGUUGUUAACUGAAAGUAUGAAUGUUUGAAGCAGCCAGGUCACCUGUGAUACAAAUCAGUAUUUGAAACCCAGCCAUUUUUUUUAUUUAACCUGUCUUUAACUAGGCAAGUCAGUUAAGAACAAACUCUUAUUUACAAUGACGGCUUACACCAGCCAAACCCAGAUGACGCUGGGCCAAUUGUGCACCACCCUAUGGGACUCCCAAUCACAGCCAGUUGUGAUACAGCCUGGAUUCAAACCAGGGUGUCUAUAGUGACGCCUACUAGCACUGAGAUGCAGCGCCUUAGACUGCUGCACCACUCGGGAGCCCAUGUCUGCAGAUUUCGGGAGAUGACAUGGAAACCGAGCAUUAGGGGCAACAGUGAGGGCUGUAACCUUCAAGUAGUUUUCGGUUUUGCUAGGGCAUUAUGGACAGGGAUGGCGGAUGGGUGUAAGCAUCUGCCUCUAGUGCUAACGGUUGCAUGUUUGAAUCCAGCAAUAGAAAGUUGUUUUUGAGAUUUGGUAUAGGCUUAAAACAAAAAUCUCUUUCAUCCAUCUGCUUCCAGUGCCAAAGGUUGUAUAUUAGAAUCCAGAGAUAGAAAGUAGUUUUGUAGAUUUUUGUUUUAAACCUAUCCAAAACCUUUACCUUAACCAUUCAGAGUUAAUGCCUAACUUUAAGAUUCCGGAGUUAAUGCCUAACCGUAACCUUUAAACACUUUGAAAUUUGACAUUUGGAACAACUUUGAAUUUUGACGUUUGAGUAACAUGGAUGAGCGUUUAAUUCUGACGUGGAACUGUGAGAGCAUGUUGCAGAAACAAAUGUUUAUUUACAGUACAAAUCUGAGUAGGCAUCAUUGCCAUUACGGCACUAUUUUAUGUGUACAGUACAGUAUAAAAGGGAAUCAUGUGUUACUGGGGGGGAAAUUCAGCCAAUGACAGGUUUGUCCUAUUUCCAAGAAGUGUCCUAAUACUCUUAAAUGGUGUAUAUUCCUUGUCUCCUUAGCUUUCCUUCAUGACCCCUGAUGUCAAAAAGGUUUCCCCCAUAGCUAUAAUCUGCCAUAUCCUAUCAAAUCAAGUGAUCAUGACGAACAAGGAGACGAGGAUACAGUAGAAAGCUAUUUAUCAGUAUUGGGACAGUCCAGUAUCAGUGUGGUUAUGAGGGAGAAUGCUCACACAGCUCAGAGCAGAGGCCCAUGGGAGUUCACUUGUACGACUUCUGCCCGGACUGUUGUAUGAUGGACAGGCACUGUAAGGAGUCCUGUCACCACCAGAGAAAAACUAGUGCAUCACAUUAUAUAAGCAUAUCUACAGCCACAGGGGGAUUCAGUGUGUGUGUGUGUGUGUGUGUGUGUGUGUGUGUGUGUGUGUGUGUGUGUGUGUGUGUGUGUGUGUGUGUGUGUGUGCAUACGUGUAGUAUAUGUGAUCAUCACUAAUCAUUUUCCAUCCCCCCCCUGAAGGAUCUUGGUAUUGUCACAUCAUUUUUCAAGGGUAAAGACACGUCAUAAUCACGUCUGUGGUUUGCAUCAAUGUCCAGACUCAAGCAUUUUGAAUUUUUCUCAGCCUUUUAUAUAGAAAUGGAUAUUGGGAGUCAUUAUGAAUGUAAACAUGCUCAUGAUCUAACAUUGUGAUGUAUGUGUGCCCGGAAGCAUUCAAGUUGUCUCGAUGAUUACAACGUAUAUCAAGAGAAAAGAACAGUUAGUUCUUUCAUUUAUUUCUAAUAAACGGAUGUGUAUAUAA